AUGAGAGUGGUAGCGCUAGAGCCCACUGCUCAGUACCUCACUGUUCGCCACACCCAUCCCGACUUCGCUAUGGCUUUUACCAAGCUCUUCUACCUCGCAGCUCUCGCUCUAUCGUUUGGAGCGUCGUCAGAGGCUAUGGACAUUUGCGCCUACACCUCUCGAAAUUGCGUGGGGACAUACGGAUGCUGCACCAAUGUGCCCGUGAACACCUGCUGUACGUGGGGAACGUCGUCGGGUUAUGGCUGGUCCGUGCGAUUCCAGAACACUGGCCCCAAUUGGUUUGGAAGAUCCUAUGGCGACGCCAACUGUGUUACAAGCACUGGAGGUAUUGGAAGUCCUACCCCUGGUCCCUCCUGCCUUAGCGUGUGGGAUGCACCCAACUAUAUCAACUGGGGAUCCGCUCGAUGGACACCGUACAGCGCUGCCGGUGCUACUGCCCGCGAAGCUGGAGGAGAAUGCCGACUACCAGAUGUUUUGGGAUACACGGAUAGCGAAGGCAACCAACAUACCGUCAAGGUGCCCGUUGAGCGAUUUGACGAAGCAUUGAGCGCCAUCGAGGCGGAGGACUAUGCUGUACUCAAAGAGUUUGAGCACGUCGACAUUGCGACCGCAGACUAA